AUGUGCGGGCUUCAGAAGAUUAAAGAGGGGGUGGAAGAUUGGUUCGAGACCAGAGAAGAAAGAUAUUGGUGCGAAGAGGCUCGGGAAAAUGGUACAUUUGGAAAAUGCACGACUGGCGUGGAGAAAACCGACAGAAUCAUUGGCAAAUCUCACCGUUCGCUUGCGGGAGCCCAGAUUCAAGCCGAUGAGGUUCCUCGAGUUGGCAUAAUCUACGCCCGCAAGGGAAAAAAAGAAGGGCACCAUCAAUCGGGUGAAGGAACCAACACUGCUGCUGAUGAGGUUCCCCGGGUUGGCCAAAUCUACGCCCGCGAUGACUUGAAGAAACAGGAGAGCGAGGAGCAGACGUGGCCCGACAGUGAACAACAGUUUGAGCAGACCAUCUUCACCAUUUCCAGUGAAGAUAUCAAAGGAGAUGUACAGGCCUUUGUGAAUCAGAAGGAGUGA